CUUUUUUUAAUUAUCUAUAAAAUGAAAUUAUUGUUAUUAUUUAUAUAUCUUUUUAUAAAUAUAGUUUUAUCUAGUCAGUCUAAUAUUCAAUAUAAAGACUUAUUUCCGUCUAAUGAUUUAAAUAGAAAUAUUACAGAGCUGAUCAAGGCGAGAGGAUAUAUUUAUGAAGAGCAUAAAGUGACAACUCCAGAUGGUUAUAUUUUAAAGUUAUUUCGAAUUCCAAAUAAAAGAUAUGAUAAAAUUAAGAAACAAGGAAAACCAGUAGUAUUAUUACAGCAUGGUUUUGAGGAUAUAGGAACAACAUGGGUAAAUCAAGAGAUUGUACACCAAAGUUUAGGAUUUUAUUUAGCUGAUAAAGGAUUUGAUGUAUGGAUUAGUAAUUCGAGAGGAACUCUUUUAAGUAAUGAACAUGUUAAUAAUUCUAUUUUUAAUACAAUGUAUUGGAAUUUUACUUUAAAUGAAUUGGCUGAAUUUGAUAUACCAACUUGUAUAGACUAUAUUUUGGAUGUUGCAAAUAGAAAACAAUUGAGUUAUAUUGGACAUUCACAGGGAACAAGUAUUGGUUUUAUUGCUUUUAAUUCCAACAAAAAAUUAGAAAAAAAAGUGAAUCUAUUUAUUGCACUAGGUCCUGUAACAAUAUUGACCCAUAGUCCCAUUGCUAAAAGUGCUGCAAGUAUACCAUUAUUUGAAUCUUAUUUGCGUGGAUUUAUGUAUACGGGUUUCCUAAAUGGUGCAUCGAUCUUACAGCAACCCGCAGCAUUUUUAUGUAAAUUAUUUCCUGAUAUAUGUUUGUAUCCUCUUCAAAUGAUCGAAGGUAUGGAAGUGAAUGGUAAUAUUAAUAAAACUAGAUUACCUGUAUACAUAUCACAUGUUCCAGGCGGAAGCUCCACUAAAAACCUGCUUCACUGGAUGCAGAUUUACCAUAAUGGUUUUAAAAAGUUUGAUUAUGGGCAUACUGAAAACUGGGAAAUUUAUGGCCAAAAUACCCCUCCAGAAUAUAAGCUAUCAGAAAGUAAUAUACCAACAAUGUUUUAUACCGGAACAAAUGAUUUAUUUAGUACAUUCGAGGAUGUAGGUUGGUUAGCUCCACAAAUUAAAAAUCUAAUUAAAUGGAAAAACAUUAAAGAUUUUUCACAUCUUGAUUUUAUUUGGUCUGUUAAUUCACACAAAGAAGUUUAUGAUGAUUUUAUAGAUACCCUAUUAAACUAUAACAAUAUUACAAAAAACUCUAAUUUUUAA